UGCAACGAACCCUCUCGCCUCGGCUCGAGUCUACGGAGCACGGAGUUGUGUUCGAAUCAUGGCGACACCCGACCCCGUAGACCCAGCCACCCUAGAGAUUAAGACCCGUAGCAUAGAACAGACACUACUCCCACUAGUGAAACAGAUUUCUACGUUAAUCUCACAUAGAGAACGACCGCUAUGCUCGGACCGGAGUUUGCGAGCGGUUGCCAGAGUCGGCCAGGCGGUAAAUUUGGCGGUCGAAAGAUUCGUGACCGUCGGCGAAACUAUCGCGGACGACAACCCGGAGAUCAAACAAGACAUGUACGAGGCAUGCAAAGAGGCGAGGGUUGCAGGCUCAGCAAUCGAGAAAUUAUGCGAAUGUGCCUUGGAAGACAGCUUGGCUGACCGAGGUUCCGUCGUAAGAGCUGCUAGAUGUCUCUUAGGCUCAGUGACAAAAGUCCUCCUCCUGGCAGACAUCGUCGUGGUCAAUCAAUUGCUUCAUGCCAAGGAUAAGGUCGCCCGCAGUCUCGGGCGUCUCGAAAGUGUCUCGAAUUUCACAGAAUUCGUCAAGGCGUUUAGCCAAUUUGGAGGAGAGAUGGUCGAGUUGGCACAUUUAACGGGUGAUCGUCAGAAUGACCUCAAAGACGAAAGGCGACGCGCGCAGAUGGCAGCGGCCCGACAAGUAUUAGAGAGAAGCACCAUGAUGCUGCUCACGUCCAGCAAGACAUGUCUAAGGCACCCCGAAUGUCCAUCUGCUAAGGAGAAUAGAGACACCGUUUUUUGCCAAAUGAGAAGAGCGAUGGAUCUAAUACAUUACGUUGUCAAGGACGGAGUAUUAGACUGUAGCGAAUCUCAAUCCUAUUCGAAUUCACAGAGUCCGCAGCAGGAAGACUGGGAUAGCAGUACCGUUUGCUCAGCUUUGAAACACUUCGAAAGGCUCGUCGAAACAACGAGGAUGACCCUGCUGGGACCGGGUUGUCGCGAAACACUUACAUCAGCGCUUGAAACAGUGGUCGAGAGGACACAAGACUUCACCGACAGCGCUUAUACGAGUCACGAGCACAGAGAAAAUAUUCUUCUGCUUUGUGAUCGCGCGAAACUCGAGCUCAAUACACUCUUACGGAUCGGCAAUAGUAUGAAUUACGAGGGCGGCGGGGGUUCACCUAGCUCGGAAAUGGAACAAGCGGUGAUGGGUGUGUUACGGGCGACUAGAGACCUUCGCCAGCAACUCAGCGCGACGACGAUGGAACAGGCCGGCGAUCUUGGCCAAGUGACAAAAGCCGGCCAGGAACUCGUGUCAACGAUCAGAAAUCUCGCGUUGGCCAAUGACAUCGACCGUCUACAGGAGAGCAGCGACAGGUUCCACGAGUAUAUCGAACACAUUCUCGAAGUAUGCAAACUUUUAAGACAUGUUGCGCUUUCGGAAUCGUUGCAAGUGUCGGCCAAGUUCACGGAGAUCAACUUAAGAAUAUAUGGUCCUCAGGUCGUAACGGCCGCACACACGUUAGCUAGGCAUCCCACCAGUAAGAUAGCCAAAGAAAAUCUCGAAGUAUUUGCUGACAUGUGGCAGUGGCUCAUGACUGAUGUGACGACAGUAGCGAAAGAUGUUUUGGAACUCAGUCAAAAUCGGCCAGAGAAGCAGGUUUACAUGUCUUUACCGCGGCCAGGGAAACAUGGCACGACGAGCAAACCGCUAAAACCAGUACGGUUGGACAGCGAGGAGCAGGCAAAGAUCGCUAAGGCAGGACUCGAAAUGAAAUUGAUAACUUCGGAGAUGGAUGCCGAGACAGAAAAAUGGCAGGAGAGCGGAAGCGCUCUAGAAGAGAACAACGACAUCGUGAAGCGGGCGAAGAAUAUGUCGUCGAUGGCAUUCUCGAUGUACCAAUUCACGCGAGGUGAAGGCGCCCUGAAAACCACCCAGGACCUAUUCACCCAAGCUGAGUAUUUCGCCGAAGAGGCAAACAGAUUGUACAAGGUUGUGAGACAAUUCAGUUACCAGGUACCAGGUGGACCACACAAAAAAGACCUCUUGGAAAAUUUGGAUAGAGUGCCAACUUACGUUCAACAAUUGCAAUUCACCGUGAAGAAUCCUACCGUCGGCAAGGCCGCCACUUUUACAAAGGUCGACAAUGUCAUACAAGAAACGAAAAAUCUCAUGAAUGUGAUCUCGAAAGUGGUCACAACGUGUUUCGUCUGCGCCACAAAGUACAACCUGGAUUUCCGAGGUCUGUCGGCGCGCGGGGCCGGCGGCUCGCCGUACAGGGGCGGAGAGGGCGGGGGAGCUGACGGCGACGGUGGCGGAGUUGGCGUCGACGGCAGCAAGACGGGCUCCGCCCCCGGCAGCGACCCGUCCGUCUGACAGUUUGGGAUGGCCCGACGGGCCAAGGGGGACGCUCGCCGCACCCGGGUUUCCUUUCUGCUUUUCUAGGGAGAACCUCGCCUGCCCCACCGACCAUCAAAGCGACGUACACGUCGACCGGAUGUCGCGGAAUUGUCGUCAACAACAACUGUCGGCAAGUACCGCGACGACCAUACGGGAUACAGUAUUCGGAGGUGCCUCGCCUGGCCGGGAUAUGUUCGUCGCCGUUUUCGCGGAGGCGACGUAUUGCGCGUAGUAACGAUAUUCGGAACCUGUGCGUGAGGAAAGCGUUCCUCCUGGACGCCCUGAUGAUUUGGUAUUUGAAAGCAGGAGAACGGAUCCAAUUUAACGCCUUUGCGACGUAAAAUGAGAACGAUCGCGAAAGUGUUGACUGUGUAAAAGAAUCUUGGUUGAAACGUUAGGAUUGAUCCAGUCCGCGGUGAUACUCUCACAUUUCGACCAGAGAGUAUAAGCAGUUAAUCUCAGUAUUAAUCAACGAUUUAUGAUAUGAAAGGGUACAUGUACUUAAAAUGUUGCAACGGUUCGAUGUGUUUGGACAAUCGUUUAAGGUGUAACGAAGAUAUACUUGGUCGACGUGUACGUUUCGCCAGAUCGUUUAGUUUAACUUACUUUAACUUCUAAUAAUAAUGAGAAACAGGUUUACACGCUUCUGUUGUUAGUGAGCAGGUCUCAGAUGUACGCAUUUUUACUCCAAGCAAAGUUUUGGAGCACACUUAUUUACACGGUCGAGUUCCGCCGUGCCACGCGUGGCGAUCGAGGCGUGGGAAAGCGGAAAAUCGAACCAAGUUAAUACCACGUGGAGUUGAGUGUGAAAGUGGAUAAAAUGUGCGCAUCUAUGUAGUUUACGAAAUUGCUCUUUGAUUCGAUUACGUGAUCCACGCUUUGAUCGUUGGCAACAU